AUGAUAAUUAUAGGCACAGUAUUUAAUCUUUUAACAUUCAUUAUAUUAUGUCAACCUGCAUUUCGCGAUACAAAAGUACGGCCAACAUUACACUAUAUGCGUGCAUUAGCAUUGAUUGAUCUUAUUAAUUUGUAUGGAUGGAAUUUAGAUAAUUAUUUGCAAAUUGUUCAUGGAUUUACUUUGAAUGAUUCCUAUACAGUUGCAUCAUGUAAGUUCUUUACAUUUCUCAACUAUGUUACACUUCAUAUUUCGGGAUGGUUACGUAUAUUUAUUUGUUUUGAUCGAUAUUUAUGUCUAAGUCGUGUUCAACCUAAUACUUGGUUCAAUAGAUCAAAAAGUGUUCUCAUCAUAAUUUUUGGUACGACAAUAUUUUUUAUGCUUUUUAAUUUACAUCUUCUCAUAUUUGUUUGCUAUCGUAAUGAUAGUGGACAAAUUGUUCGAAGUUCAAAACUUUAUCCUCUCUAUCCUAUAUACAAUCAAAUAAAUUUAGUUCUUUACAAUGGCAUACCUUUGUUUUUUAUGGUAUUAUUCAAUAGUAUGUCAAUUUAUCAUCUCAUUCGAUUACGAUAUGCAACCAUAGUGCAAAAUUCACGUAUUCGACAUCGAGCCAUUUCAAUUACAAUUAUAUCUACUACCUUUCUCUUCUUUGUGACAGGCACUCCUUCAUCAAUUUCUUAUAGUUUCUUUUAUGGCACUUUAGCUGCAACUGUUACAGGUCGCCGUUUGAUGAAUGCAUUUGCUGCAAUAGGUUAUACAUUCCCUGUCUUGAGUUUUCCAAUCUAUUUGAUAACAUUCAGUGAAUUUCGUCGCGCAACAAUUGGUUUAGUAAUGCGAAACAGAGAAAUUCAACCAGUAACUAAUGGAACUAGACAGGCUCAUAUGACAAACAUGGAAUUGCAACAUAAACCAAACACACAUCGUUUAAAAUAA